AUGCCCUUCCAGCCCAGGCCGCCGCCCGCCCCAAGCUCGGGGGGUGCCGCCGCGCGAUCGCCUCCUCGGAGGCCCUGCGCGCCGCCCGUGGCUGCGGCGGAGAAGAAGAGGAAGCCCCCGGAGCGGCCCGCGGCGCCCCUCUCCAGCUCCUGGCCCUCGGCCACGCUCAAGAGGCCGCCGGGCCGACGCGGCCUCGUCCCCGGCCCGAGCAGGACGCAGCCGCCGGCCCCUCCGCGCUCCCCGCGCCAGGCCUCGCCGGUCCGCGCGGGGGCCCGGGCCACGUGCGCCACGCCCCGGCCGGCUGCUAGCGGCCAGAACUCGGCGGGGCCAGAACUCGGCACAGGUCCCGAGUCCGACGACGCGCUGCGCUUCUCGCUGAACCUCACGCCCGAGGCCAUCCUGGUCAUCCAGAGGCGCCACCUGGAGAAGCAGCUGCUGGCGCGGCCGCGCAGGCCCUUCCCCUCGCCCUCGGCCCCGGGAGCCCGCGCCAAGGCCGCCGGCCCGCGGAAGGGUGGCCCCACCACCAGCGGCUCCGACGCGCCCCCGGCGGCGGGCCCGGCUUACCGCCCUGCGCAGCGCACCCCACGGCCGUCCGGCAGCCCACGGCCCGCCGACCUGCGCCAGAUGCUCAAGGUGUCCCUGCUCAACGAGCGGCACCGGUACGACGACGUGGACUACGAGGAGGAGCCCGCGGCCCCCGAUGAAGGCGUGAUGCGCAAGUGCACCGAGUGGCUGCGCGGGGUGGAGUCGGCGGUCGCUGGCCGGCAGCGCGCAGGGCGCCUGGGCAGCCUCCCGCACAUGAGCACACUGUGA